CUUCCGGUGGGUCACUGUUGUAAAGUUAAUUGAAAAUUAUUGUAGGCGAUGUUAAACCGGUGAAGCUCUGUCGAGUUGUCAGUUGGAAAACAUAGACACACAGAGAUAUUGGCAACAACAACGAAGCGAGUUGGAAAUCUUGCGACUUUUACCAAUGUCAUAGAUACAAUUUAAAGCAGUUUACCAUGGAUGAAGACCGCAUGUACCAGGUACUGAAUGAUGUCUUCAAACAUAAACAAUUUAAGUCAGACCUACAGAGGAAAGCUAUUGAAACUAUCAUUAAAGGAAAACAAGAUGUUUUCAUUUCCAUGCCCACAGGAUCUGGCAAAUCACUGUGUUUCCAGCUACCUGGCAUGUACAAACCCGGGAUUUCCGUGGUGGUUUCUCCACUGCUGGCUCUCAUCGAAGACCAAAUUGACCAUUUGCGCAACAUCGGAAUCCGUGCAGUUACUAUCAACUCUAAACAGACCAUGACCGAGAGAAACCGAAUCACAACUGACCUUAACCGACCAAAGCCAAAAACCCGUUUCCUCUACAUCACUCCUGAGCAAGCUUCCACGGCCUUUCUUCAACAACAUCUCUACAGCCUCAACCAUGCUGACCUCUUGAACUAUUUCAUUAUUGAUGAAGCCCAUUGUGUAUCACAGUGGGGCCAUGACUUUCGUCCAGAUUACCUUAAACUUGGCCAGUUAAGGGCCAAUAAAAUCCCUAAUGUUCCCUGCAUUGCACUAACUGCUACUGCAACAGCGCAAGUGACAAAGGACAUUGUAAAAUCUCUGGCUCUCCGCAAACCUUAUGCGUCUUUCAAAACUAGUUGUUUCCGCCCAAAUUUGUUCUAUGAAGUAAGAAUGAAAGAAACCUUGGACGAUCCCUUCAAAGAUGUCCUGGAUUAUGUAUGUGCAAAGUUUGGUGAACCCCCUGACAACAACAGCUGGAACGACAAUGGUGCCGGCAUUAUAUAUUGCCGUACUAGAGACACGUGUGAUGAACUAGCUGUUCGAUUUCAAAAGAGUGGGAUUCCUACGAAAGCUUAUCAUGCUGGACUCCGAGAGGUUGACCGACUGCAGAUCCAAAUUGACUGGAUGGAAGGCCGCAUCCCAUUGAUUACAGCUACCAUCAGUUUUGGCAUGGGUAUUGAUAAACACAAUGUCCGUUUAGUUGUCCACUGGACCUUACCAAAGACCAUGUCUGGUUAUUACCAAGAGUCUGGCCGAGCCGGUCGUGAUGGCCAGCCUUCUUAUUGCUGUCUCUAUUACUCUCGCCGUGACCGAGAUGCUAUAUCUUUCCUCCUGAAGCAAGAAGCAACUAAGAGGAAUGCCCGCAACCAAGAAAAUUGCAUGAGAAAAUCAGCAGAGACUAACUUUGAGAUAAUGGUUAAGUACUGUGAACUACCACGUUGUCGGCACCGUGUGAUAGCAGAGUAUUUUGGUGAUGAAAAACCAAACUGCCAGAAGCAAUGUGAUUAUUGUAAAAAUGCAAAGUAUGCUGACAAACAAGUGCAGAACCUUCUGCAGGGUAGUUACGGGAAGUGGUGUCGAAAUGAAUAUGGAAGUACAAGAAUGGUCAAGGAACCAACGGAACCAGAUGUAGAGCUUUAUGGUGGUGGACGGCUUGGUCAGCAGAAGGAUUCCAAAGACUACUAUGGCGAAGAAGACAGUGAUGAAAAUUCUGACGAUGAGAAUGACAAUAACAGAAGACAACGUAAGAAUCUUAUAUUGAAUGAAUUAAAAAGACGUAAACCUGCUCCAUCUAUUGUACAGGAAGAGGAAGAUGACACACCAGUCAUUCCUGCUGACUGUCCACUCCGAGAUCCUUCAAGUGACAGAAUUCCACGACUAAACUUUCAAAUCCGGAUGUACUGUUUUGAGAAAUUGAAAUCUGCAUUGUGCAACAACUUUAAUAAGUAUUUUGCAGAUGUCCCUCAUAAGUUAAGGGAUGGAGAAUUUCAAGUUCCAAUUUGUUGUGCAGAUUUGGAAUUUGAAGUGUUUAAGGCCAGCAAGUUUGCAAAUCUUUACAAAGCUGGUAUUUUUAAGAAAGAAUUUGAGAUUAAAAAACUCACUGAAUGUAAAAACCUUCAUUCAAGCUUAAAACCCCUUUGGGCCCCGGACUCUAGUGGAAUCAGCUCAGAUGAAGAUAGAAAGGGCCCAGUUAAGAACAAGAAAAUAUUAGCAAAAGACACAAGUAGUUCAGAUGAGCAGAAGCAUCGUGGUAGUACCCCAAGAAAAGAGAAAGAUAAAAACACGGUAGAUACUCGACAGAAUGAAUUGACAUCAUGUUUAACAGUUCCAAAUUCAGAUGAAGAGAAAUCAGAUUCCCAUUAUACAGCCGCUAACGAGGAUGAACAAAUGGAAGAAGAAAUUAGUGAACUGGAAGAGGAAAACCAGGCAGAAUCACCUCUGCUGUUUGAUGAUCCUGAGUCCACUGGCCUUACCACUACAGAUGAGGAUGAAGAGGUUGAGCUAGCUCUUUUCACACCUCUUAAUUCAGUUCUAAGCCGGUCUUCGAAGCAGUUUUCUAAAUUCAAAAAAUCCUCUUCAAAGCAUUCAAAGAAAAAUGACAGUAAAGGUACCAACUCUUCCAGCUCAGCAGAAAAUUUUAAUAAUUCAUUUCAAGAGGCUUUAAAUUCUUCAGAAAGUCCCAAAACUUCCAAGAAACCAAGUAAACACAAACAUUCUUCCUCCUCCCCUUCUAAAAAGUCAGCCGAUUCUUCUAAAGCUAGUUCUUCUAAAACGUCUUCUAAAACUGCAGCUAAAAUACUUAAGGAUGAAAAGAAAGAAAGUUCCAGCAAAAUACCUGGUAAGUUAUCAAACAGUAUUAGUUUGAUAUCUGAUGAGGAUGAAAAUACUAAAAGUGUCCCAGUGAAGAAACUUGCGUCAUCUAUUGGUAAGCAUGGGGAGCCUUUUCACAGAAAGUCAGAAAAACAUGUUCAAAAGUCAUCAACAAAAGCUAAGCACACUAAAAGAGGAGAGGAAGAUUUCAGUAGCACGGGUUUGACUUCUGAUGAAGAUGAUAAGAUUACAGAGGCAGUUCUUGUAAAAAGUCCUGUUCCAGUAUUUAAGAAAGAGGAUAAUUUUCAUGAAAAGCUUGAAAAAGCCACAAAAGUUUCAGAGUUAGGGUUAGUCAAAAAAGAUAAAAGAUUUGAUGAAGAUUUUCAUAGCACAGGUCUGACGUCCGAUGAAGAGGAUAAAGCUACUGAGAAGGUUCUGGGAAAUAGUCCUGAAUUAGUGAUCAAAAAAGAUUGUUUUAACAGAAAGUUAGAGGAAUCUGUGAGCCCCACCAAAUCCCCAUCAAGAACAAAGAAGGAGAAAAGAUCAGAAAAACGAUCUAGCAGUGAGAAAAGGAGUAAGCACAAAAAACUACCGGAUGAAAAUCUAACCAGAGAUUCUCAUAGUUCUAAGGUAAAGGAAAAUAAAACUGUUGUCAUGGAAACAGAAUUUGUCGCGUCAUCACCAUCACCAUCAUUAUCAUCACCGUCAUCUUAUAAAGUCAACAAACAUAAAAUUCAGGAAAAGGAUCCUCUAAAACAUAAACACAAACGCAGGAAAACCGAAAGUAGCCAUCUCCAGAAUGUGAUUUCAUCCAUUGAAGAGAAAAUGUCCAGUAGCGAAGAGAAAAAGGGAAAAGAACUGGAAGGGUGUAUGAAACCGAAGGAGUUUCAUAAAAAAGUGAUAGUCUUUGAUCACCAAGGGACAUCAGAUGUCCCCAAAAGUAAAUCUAGACGAAGACAAAGUCGGUGGGACGAACCAACUAAUGAAGCCACAAACAAAACUAAUUCUGCAAACGUUAAUCAGAAACAGAAAGAAAACGGUGCUUUAUUUCCUGAUUCUACGACAGAAGCGGUAAUUGUUGAGAGAAGUUCUGUAAUUCCACCACCAGACGACAGCUGGAUGGAGGUGGUGAGACAGGAGAAGAAAAAGUCAAGCGGAGUAAGAUUCGAAGAAAACACAAGCAAUACAGAUUCAAGUCAUAAGGUAAUUGUGCAAGAGGAAGAAUGCGGUGCCAAAGUGCAGAAGAAUUCGUCUUGUAGCUCUAGCAAUAAUACAGGAAGUACCAACCCCAACAGUCACGAGAUGAAGAAAGCUGCCAAUCUUAUUGUCCAUUAUUUAAAUCCUUACUACAAAAACGGCAAAUUUGCCUCACGAGAACUCUUUAAAAUGGUUGCGAAAUUACUCACUCAGCGAUUUGUAAAGCAAUCCAAUAGCAACGCAGAAAAUGCCAAAGAAAUAGCAAAGAAACUUGCCACUAAUUAUUUCAGAAGACAUCCACUAAUUUCGUCUGCUGAAGAUGUCUCUGAUAUGGAGACGUAAAUCAAGGCGAUAUUUUUUUUUCAAUAGCUUCUGAAAUACUAACCGAAAAAUACUCCUCCCCCUUUCUUCUCAUCCUCCUCCAUUUCAACUGACCCCUUCUCUCUCUCAACAGUGCCUCCCUUUUUAACACCUCUUUGUAUCUUACUUUGGGGAACCUUUUCUCUUAUUCUACCAAAACAUAACUACCAUUGUAUAAUAACUUCUCUCACAUCUAGGCUGGGACUUCACCUUCAAUUACUGGUAUCCAGCAUUAUAUAUAUAUAUAUAUAUACACACAUAAACAUACAUAUACAUAUA